CUGCGGUGGCUGGCGGCGGACGGCCCACGUGUCUCCCCAGGGUCCGGCCUUGAGUUUCCCCCAGUUCCUCUUGCGGGUGCGAGCCAGGGCGCCCCCUUGCCCCCCCACGUGGUGUCCGCCCACCCUCCCCCGCCCGCGGGAGCGAGGCUCCGUACAGUUACCGGCGCUCGGCGGGCCAAGUCGACCGAGCGAGUUUGUCCCGGGAGCGGCGCCGGGGGGUGAGGGGGGGAUAGGGCACUGCGCAUGCGGAGCUCCAAAUUCAAACAGCUGUUUCCAGAGGCUGGAGGGCGGGUGGACGCGGAGCCGCUGGGGCUAGGGGCGACUCAGUCCGGGAGGCGGCCGCCCGGGAGCCAUGGUGGACAGGGGCCCCCUGCUCACCUCGGCCAUCAUCUUCUACCUGGCCAUCGGGGCAGCGAUCUUCGAGGUGCUCGAGGAGCCGCACUGGAAGGAGGCCAAGCAAAACUACUAUACGCAGAAAGUGCAUCUGCUCAAGGAGUUCCCGUGCCUGGGCCAGGAGGGCCUGGACAAGAUCUUGCAGGUAGUAUCUGAUGCUGCAGGACAGGGCGUGGCCAUUACGGGGAAUCAGACCUUCAACAACUGGAAUUGGCCCAAUGCAAUGAUUUUUGCAGCCACGGUCAUCACUACCAUUGGCUAUGGCAACGUGGCCCCUAAGACCCCUGCUGGGCGCCUCUUCUGUGUCUUCUAUGGUCUCUUCGGGGUGCCACUCUGCCUGACAUGGAUCAGUGCCCUGGGCAAGUUCUUCGGGGGACGUGCCAAGAGGCUGGGCCAGUUCCUCACCAAGAGAGGCGUGAGCCUGCGGCAGGCACAGAUCACGUGCACAGCCAUCUUCAUCGUGUGGGGCGUCCUGGUCCACCUGGUGAUCCCGCCCUUUGUGUUCAUGGUGACUGAGGAGUGGGACUACAUCGAGGGCCUCUACUACUCCUUCAUCACUAUCUCCACCAUUGGCUUUGGCGACUUCGUGGCCGGUGUGAACCCCAGCGCCAACUACCACGCCCUGUACCGCUACUUCGUGGAGCUCUGGAUCUACCUGGGGCUGGCCUGGCUGUCCCUCUUUGUCAACUGGAAGGUGAGCAUGUUCGUCGAGGUCCACAAGGCCAUCAAGAAGCGGCGACGGCGGCGAAAGGAGUCCUUUGAGAGCUCUCCACACUCCAAGAAGGCUCUGCAGAUGACUGGGGGUACGGCAUCCAAGGACGUCAACAUCUUCAGCUUUUUGUCCAAAAAGGAGGAGACCUACAAUGACCUCAUCAAGCAGAUAGGGAAGAAGGCGAUGAAGACGGGCGGGGCUGGGGAGAGGGUUGCAGCCUCAGGGCUGGGGCCUCCGGGGGGUGGGCUGCCAGCCCUCCCCAGUUCCCUAUCUCCCCUAGUGGUUUACUCCAAAAACCGGAUGCCCAGCUUGGAAGAGGUGUCUCAGACACUGAGGAGCAAAGGCCAUGUGUCACGGCCUCCCAGUGAGGAGGCUGGGGCAGGGCCCCCCAAAGAUGGCUCCCCGACCCCUGAGGUGUUCAUCAACCAGCUGGACCGAAUCAGCGAGGAGGGUGAGCCAUGGGACACCCAGGACUACCACCCACUCAUCUUCCAGAACGUCAGCAUUACCUUUGCGAAUGAGGAGGCAGGGCUCUCAGACGAAGAGACCUCCAAGUCCUCGAUAGAGGACAACCUGGCUGGGGAGGAGAGGCCCCAGGAAGGGCCCGAAGCUGAGGUGCCGCUGAACCUAGGCGAGUUCCCCUCAUCAGACGAGUCCACCUUCACCAGCACAGAGUCCGAGCUCUCUCUGCCUUACGAACAGCUCAUGAACGAGUACAAUAAAGCAGACUGCCCCAGAGGCACGUGAGGCAGGGCCGGCUCCCCACCCCGCCUUCGACGGCUUCUGUUCCCCUCAUCCUGGGGCAUCCCACUAUGGCUGGGACCUCUGGCCCCUGGUGUAGGGGGGGACAGCCCUGGAACUGGGAGUGGGGGGCCAGGGGCCUUUCUCACCUUCCCAUCCCCUCCAGUUAGAUGCUACUGGUCAGAUGCAGCAUGUGUCCAGGACAGGGCCUCUGUUCUCUGGCUGAAUAGGCCCCCUGGCAGUGGGAGGCAUCUGUCCUGAGCAUGGCUGAUGUAUCUGAUGGUUCAGAGACCUGCAUGGGCUGGCAGGUGAUCCUCAAGGAGGCCCGCACUUGUAUGGGUCUUCAUACAUCAUUCGGUUGAAAAUGUCACACGGUUCUCUCAGGCUCAGGGGCCUCAGCCAUUUGAGUUCACCAGUAUUUAUGGGCUCCUGUGUGCCCAGCACGGAGCUAGGUAUUUCAAAAAGAGAGGGAGGGAGGGCACUGUGAGCCCUGGGCCCUGCCUUUACAGGAGGUAUAGCUAUGGUGUGCAGGGUGCCGCGUGGGGCGCAUGUAUAUGCAUCCCCCAUUCCCACCUUGUCUGCCUGUCAGGCCCUACUGCAAACCUCAGUAGGGAAGAGGUGCCCAGGGGAAGGGAAGGGGUCAAGAUCCUGGGUAAGGUGCUGAAACACUCCUGAUAUCAGGACCCCGAGCAAGCUCUGAGUUGGCCCAGGGUCCUAGUCCUGCUUUUGCUCAGACCAGGCCCACCCAGAGCCCAGUUCCCUGACUCAGAAACCCUUUGGCCAAGUGAUGGCAGAUGCAAGCUUUCUCCCUCCCUGGGAACGCUGUGGGACGAGGGGGUAGCAUUAGCCAGGAUGCUGCUGCAGUAAGCUCAGCUCUGGCUCCUCCUGUGCCCCGAACAAGGACCUCAUGGCUCCCUGGCCCUCCUGGCCCCCGUGGUGGGGGAGGCUGAGGUGCUCUUGGCUUAGAAGUGGGAGGGGCAAAAUAUGUGAAUCAGCUGCUCCCUGCAGCCACGGUUAGACUGUGUGUGUGUGUGUGUGUGUGUGAGUGAGUAUGUGAGUGUGUGAUGGUGUUGUUGUUUUCCUUUUCAAGAAAGGAUUAGGGAUGGGGGAGCAAAAGAUAAUGUGAAACUGUACACAGACUGGUGAGGGGCCAGCAGAGAGUUUGGGUUCUCCGCGAUGCGCACCCUAGGGCCAGCCCUCUCUGCUCUGCAUGUUUCUUUGUUUUUUUAAAUAAACUGCUAUUUUGAUAUUCCUGGCAUCUGUAGUUGGCUUCAGAGCCAGAGGGGAGAGGAGGUGAAAGAGCAGGCUCCCAAGGAUUGGGAUGUUCUGUGUUCGUGCUCCUGCCCCCACUCAGUUGGGCCUUUCUUGGUGACCUCAGCCAAGGUCAUGCUGUUGGAGAGUCCCCUGGCAACGUAGGGGUGAAGGCCCCCAGAAGCAAGUGAGCACAGCUGGGAAGAGGCAUCCCUCACAGGUGGCUGAUGCUGGCCAGGAGGCGAGUGAUCACCCUUGACCCAGACCCCCUCUCUGCCUCUCAGCCCCCUCCCCAGUCCUGUAGGGCCAGACCCUGCCCCCCAACAUGUGAAGCCGGUGAUGGGCGUGUGCGUCCACACCUGCGUUCAUCCUGUGACCCAGGGCUGUGCUGGCUGGGCAGCUGGGUGAGAAGCAGCGGCCUUCUGUUUUUCUGUGAAUGUUUUAAUGAGUUCGUUCUUGCCCCCACCUUGCUAGGGUGUCGCUGGCUGUCCUGGACUCACACACUGUAUGUACUUAGUGGCAGUGAUGCCAAAUGUAACUUAUUUUCACAUUUUUACAAUAAAGCCUUGAAGAUGGA